AUGAAUGCGGAUUUGGGUGAGCCUGAGUGCUAUUAUUUUGAGGAGUAUGAGGCUCCAAGGAUGAACCCCUCUGUUGUGGCUGCCCACAAGAGGAUUGGACUUCUCCAAAGGUUCAACAAGUGGCAAGGGAAAGCCAUGGAAAGAUGCAAAAGUCCAUGGACAAGAUGGAGGCUCCCUGCCCAAGAGCCUCACAGAGCCUCUUCAUUCGAGCCAAGGGAAGGAGAAGACAACUCACAGAGAAGGAGGAAGAGCUCUAAGGCCAGACGCUCCAACUCGACCACCGGACUCGAUCGAGUCCAAACAGAGGAAACUCAACUCGAUCGAGCUGAGGGUCGAGUUGACCUGGAGGAGCCCCUGUUUGAGAACCCUGGAUUCGAGUACGAUCCAACGCCCUACCAGGACUUCUCUCAGACCACUGGACUCCCUACAACCGUUCGAGCAAGCAGCUCCACCAAGGCCAAGGGAGCCACACACACUUCGAUGAAGAAGAAGAAGAAGAGGAGCCGCAAGCUCGAUCGAGUGAGCCGAACCCGGCGAGUGGAGCGUCUCCUGAUGGCCGUCUCCCUCUCCAGACCACGACCUUGCCUCCCAGUUCUUUGGGGGGCACUGAGGUAUCCAAACACCAACCCUUGUACAUACCAUUUCAUAUUUUCUUGA